UCAGAGAAGAAGCUGUGUGUAUUUCCUAAACCUGUGACAGAUCCGUGCAGGGGGACAGUAGUCAACAGUUUACUGAGAUUAUGUACUAAAAGAGUUAUAUUAAAUACAUUAAUUUUGGUAGAUUUAAUGUCUCGCUAGACAUUACUGGGCAAAUACAACGCCACUGAGCCAAGGAGGAAGCAGUCGGUGCUUCAUAAACAUUUGGACGGUGCUAGCUGACAGUUAGCAUCUGGAGACAAUACCUGGAAAAUUAUUGGAAUAAGAGCAAAAAUACUUACAAACACGCUGUUCCAACCAGUUAUGCAGCCUUCAGACCAGCCCUGACAGGUCUGAUUCUUGCUUAACAAGACCAUGGAGUCCUCGUCUGAGUCCCAGCAGGAGCCUAGCAAAACCUUGCACCAUGCAGAGUUGAAAGAACAUCAUGCCACCUCCGGCAGGAUGAGUCAGCGCCAGGUAAAGGAGCGGGACAAGGAGCGGGAGAAGGAGGCAGGCCUCCAAACGCCUAGCAGGGAGCACGUCUCCUCCCCGUCCAGCCUCAACCAAGGGGUCAGCUACAGCCACGGUUUUGAGAGGGUGAAGGAAGAUCUCUUGCCUCUGCCUUUGAAAGAAGACUCACAUUCUAUAUCCAAGAGUAAAUCUGAAACAAAGCUGUACAAUGGCUCGGACAAGGAUGUGCCGACUUCUGGAGGCAAGCUCACAAAGAAGGAGUCCCUCAAGGUGCAGAAGAAAAACUACAGGGAGGAAAAGAAAAGGGCCACCAAGGAGCUGCUCAGCACCAUCACUGAUCCGUCUGUCAUCGUCAUGGCCGACUGGUUAAAGAUCCGUGGCACGCUGAAGAGCUGGACCAAGCUGUGGUGUGUGCUGAAACCAGGCGUGCUGCUCAUCUACAAAACCAACAAAAACGGUCAGUGGGUUGGAACGGUGCUCCUCAAUGCCUGCGAGCUGAUCGAAAGGCCUUCCAAAAAGGACGGCUUCUGCUUCAAGCUCUUUCACCCACUGGAGCAGUCCAUCUGGGCUGUCAAGGGUCCUAAAGGAGAAGCAGUCGGCUCCAUCACUCAGCCGUUGCCCAGCAGCCACCUCAUCUUCCGCGCUGCCUCGGAGUCUGAUGGUCGAUGUUGGAUGGAUGCUUUAGAGCUGGCCCUGAAGUGCUCCAGCCUGCUGAAGAGGACCAUGAUACGGGAGGGGAAGGAGGACAUGAGCACCGUAAGCACCAGCGGAGAGCACUCCAUCAACUUCUACAGCCUCCUCCGAGCGCAUAACAUGCACGGCUUCCAGUUCAGCGACAGCGAUCAUUUGAAAGACCCGGAUUUAUACUCCGACAAGUCAGAUAAGGAGGGGGAGCAGGACCACGAGGAGUCGGACCCCGAAGGUCUGGAAGAGAGCGACAGCGACACGUCAGAGCGUCAAGAAGACUCGUACAUCGACCUCGACCCCAAUGAGCAUUUGUGGGAAACUCCAUACCUGGAACAGUCUCACGAGGAGUUAGGAGAGGCGGGCGAGGCGUCACAGACAGAAACAGUCUCAGAGGAGAAUAAAUCUCUAAUUUGGACUUUGCUGAAGCAGGUCCGUCCGGGCAUGGACCUGUCAAAGGUGGUGCUGCCCACCUUCAUCCUGGAGCCCAGAUCUUUUCUGGACAAACUGUCUGACUACUACUACCACGCAGACUUCUUGUCAGAGGCUGCAGUGGAAGAAAAUGCCUUCAACCGGAUGAAAAAGGUGGUAAAGUGGUACAUCUCUGGAUUUUACAAAAAGCCAAAGGGGUUGAAAAAGCCUUAUAACCCCAUUAUUGGAGAGAUGUUCCGCUGUAUGUGGCUCCACAACAAGACCACCAGUAAGACGUUCUACAUAGCAGAACAGGUAUCCCAUCAUCCACCAGUCUCAGCCUUCUACGUCAGCAACAGGAAGGAUGGGUUCUGCCUCAGUGGCAGCAUUCUUGCCAAGUCUAAGUUUUAUGGGAAUUCCCUGUCAGCCAUAUUAGAUGGCGAGGCACGGCUCACCUUUCUGAACCGAGGAGAAGACUACGUGAUGAACAUGCCCUACGCUCACUGUAAAGGUAUUCUGUAUGGUACUAUGACCCUGGAGCUCGGGGGUCAGAUUACCAUCGCAUGUGAGAAGACAGGCUACAGUGCUCAGCUGGAGUUCAAGCUGAAGCCAUUCCUGGGCAGCAGUGACAGUGUUAAUCAAAUUUCUGGGAAGAUCAAGUUGGGAAAGGAGGUCUUGGCUACUCUAGAAGGACACUGGGAUAGUGAGGUCUUCAUCAAUGACAAGAAGACUGGCACGGUGGACAUGUUUUGGAACCCCACACCGGAACUAAGGCAGAGCCGGCUGAUCCGCUGCACUGUCCCACCAGAGGAGCAGGGAGAUUUUGAAUCAGAAAGAUUGUGGCAGCACGUGACUCGGGCCAUCAACAACAAGGACCAGACUGAAGCCACCAAUGAGAAGUUCAUCCUGGAGGAGGCCCAGAGGAAGGCAGCCCGUGAGCGCAAAGCCAAAUGUGAGGAGUGGAUUCCCCCCCUUUUUGAGCAGGACCCCGUCACCGGAGAGUGGCAUUACAGAUACGCUGACACAAGGCCAUGGGAUCCGCUCAAUGACCUGAUCCAGUUUGAGAAAGAUGGUUGUAUCCAGACCAAGGUCCGACACCGCACGCCUAUGGUACGUUCUGGCAGUCUUAUUAGUCUGAGUAACCAGUGGUCGCUGCGGGACAAUUGCAAGUGCCAGGUGACGGUGCCAAAGAGGAAACACAAGAGCGACACACCAAAGAGCCCAGAGAGCGGCUGCUCUUCACCAGAACCUGACCGCCACGACUCAUCUGGCAGUGAAAGACACAAAAGCAAGCAUAACAGUCGGCUGAGGAAAAAAGGCACAGACCUCAGUGAACUUCAAAGUGCCAUUGAAUCAAUAAAACGGACGCAGGAGGACAUCAACAGAAGCAUCAGCGUGCUGCGGAGUCGUGUGGUUGGCCGGGUGGACGGAGCGGCUUUCCUCCAGCAGCGCGAUUACGUCGUCAUCGUUUUCCUCGUCCUCCUUCAGGUCCUCAUUAACUUCAUCUUCAAGUAGCAGACGCGGGGCGCUGUCUCUCUCACUCUGCACACAGGAAAAAGACUUGAACUUUGACCUCAGCCACUAUCGCCACAGUCUCCCCUUCUAUUGCCUGUCUGACACUGCCCCCUGCAGGGCAGCAGCGCACAUCCUUAAAAGCAGACACUUCCCACGCAAAAGAUGCUUUUAAUCUACAAGCGAACUCUUAUUUUUAACAAGGUCCAUUCCAAAAGGUUGGAAUGAUUUCAAAGCGAGCAGGGUGGGCGGUCAGUGAUGAUAGUUUGCCGCAUCGGAGGUUAUUAUUUUGCCUUGAUAUAAAAGGCAAACACUUUAAAUGUUUUUUUUUAUUAAUAUUAUUAUUUUUAUUUCUGAUGGAGUGAAUGGACUCCGUUAAUUUUCAUUUCACUUCAAAUGAUGGGGAACAUUUUUACACUGAGAUGACAACCACAAUUCCUGUGGAAAAAAAUUGCUCCAAUUUCUGUUUUUUUUUUUUGUCAUUAUUUUUUUUUAUACUUUCAUAACAGCUGGACUAUCUGAAACUGGGAAACGGACAAAAAACAAGAAAUAAUACCACCAUAAAAAGGAAGGCAAGCUAUAGUUUUUGUUGUAUUAAAAAAAAUCUGCCUUUUUGCAUCAGAAGGCAGUGUUUAAAAAAGAGGUUUGACACAUGUUGUAACAGGUAGUAUGUGAUUAGCGCAUUAGUAUUCCAUCGUGAGGCAGAAAUGCGCUGGAAACAUCAGCCACAGCUAUGGCGCACUUACAGCACAAAACAAAUCCAUGUAUUUUUUUGCAUUUCUACUAGCAGGAGUCUGUAAAUUAUUUGCAUAGAGACUCACAGUUGACUGCUCCCUGUGCUUUUGUGCCUCAGAUGUCAGUCAGGAAAAAUAGAAUAGACACUUUAGUAGUAUAGCAUAAAGGGGUGGAGCUAUAUACAAUAUAUAUUAUAUAGUUAUUCGUAAUAUUCUAUAACUAUCGUAAAUCAUUCCAAAUGUACGUUAAGUACCAGCCAAACUCUUGUGUGUAGAGUAGCAUUUGGUCCCAUUGAUGAGUACUUAAUCCAACGGGACGCCUCGUUCCUUGUGGGUAGUGCGCGUCAUUUCAAUUUGCAGUCUGAGUUACCGAAACUCCGUGCACAAGCCAUGACCUCUGAACCCUGCGUGUCUUUGUGCUCUGAGCUCUGUACACACGUGGACAUGAGCAAAAGAAAAAAGCCAGAUGAAUGAAGUCCAUGUUCCCGUCUGUCCAGGUGACCACAAGGUGUCGCUCUUCAGCAGUAUUUUUUUUUUUUUUUUUUUUUUUUUUUUUUUUUUGUAUUUAGAGAACUUGAAUGUGGUUCCAAUCUUGUUGCCUUUCUCUCUUUCUCUGUCACAGCAAAUUACAGUUGAAAGGAAAUAAUGAGCAUAAGUUUAUAGCUGGAGUUAGUCUCCUUUAAUUAAGCGUAACGACAUCCCGUUUCAUUGAGUGGUGUAUGAUUUACACUUCUUGUGUGCACCCCCCCCCCCCCCCAUGUUUAAAGGACCGAAAGUAAUUGGACACUUGGCUGCUUUACAGCCAGGUGUGUUUUGUUACCUUGUUAUUUCAUUUACAAAUCAGGCUGUAAAAGGUCUGCAAUUAAUUUAUAGUGUUACAUAUCCCCUAAACGUCAGUUUAUUUAAUUAUAAUAAAUGGAAAGAAUGAACGGCACUAACUACUUUUGGCUUGUCCCAUUUGCAGAUCUGGUAUGGUUCAUGUUGAUUUGACCCAGGCUUUAUACCAGACACCCUGCCUGAUCCUGAACAGGCCAGGUGGGAUUUGAACCUGUGCUCUUGUUGCUGAAAAGCCAGAGUGCAAAUCACGGCCUCAAAAACUGAGAUACGGACAGAAAAAAUAGAGGGCUGGCUCAUCGAAUCACCACAUACCACCAACGAGGCAGUACCGCCAUCACCAAAUGUGCAAACAAGCGAAACAUUCCAACACAUUGAAACCAACACGACUGGUUUGUUUACAUGUUUACUAGUGUACUACUUUACUUAUCUGGCUCUGUUGUAUGUGAGCCUCUGUGCUGCCAUGGAAACACCCUUAUCCCCUGUGCUUUUUGUGGUUUGAACUGAAGAAA